AUGUAUAUUAAAAAUGGUGGUCCUUUAAUACUCAAUCUUAUUGAUUCAAUUUGUUAUAUACAGGGGAUUGAGGACGUAAGAAAUGAGAGCAUUAAAUCUUCAUCCACUGGAGUUGAAGACAUUGGCAUUGGAGGUGCUGUUGCAACUCACAUUGCCAUGGUAGUUGAACAAGAUGAUAAGAUGAAUGAAGGCAAGCCAGGAAUAGUGGCAAGCCAAGGAAUCCAAGUACAAGAAGGGUUGAACCUUUUGCAUAAUCAAGAGGGAAUAUAUGUUGCUCCUAACAACAACAAUGACAUUUCUUCAGCUUCUGCAGAUAUCCGUACAAGAUUGGGAGCAUAUAAACAUUUUGUUGAUCUGGAUGAUGCACAUAUUUCUCUUCUGGUGGAGGCAAUAACAACAUAUCCUCAUCUCUGGAAUGCUUCCAAGAAGUUUAGUGAGCGCUUUCAAGCUUGGAGGUUGAAAAUUUUGGCAGAUAUGUUGCUGUUCCUUCAGAAGGAAAGUGACGAUAGUGUUAUUCCUCAAAGAGAAAAAGAGUUCGGUAAACUAUGUGAAGAAGCUAUUGAAAUUGGAUUUGAGAGUUCAUGGGUAGAGGAAAUGCGUCAACGUGUUGUGGCGAGGGAUCCUAAGCUGGGAGAGGACAUUGCUAAGAGACAAAUAGAUGAGAAUUCUAAGAGGUGUAGUAGUGGGGACGUUGUUGAAGAAGGUGAUGGGCCUAAGAUUAGCUUGGAAGAAGGUUUUGACUUGGUUGAUAAAGAAGGUGAAAUAGGUGUUGCUUCUAAUGACCACAUUGUGACUCCGAGAAAUGAAGAAGCAGAGGAGGAAUUUGUUGCAGAAGUUUCCACUUCAGAAAUACCAAGAAUAGAAACAUCAUUAACAAACUCACAACCAAUUGAAAGGCCAACUCCAAGUUGUUUGAAUAUGCCUCUACGUGAAACACCCGCAAAUGCAUUGGUGGACAAACAGCGGAUUAGUGAACCGUGUUUGAUGAACCAACAAAAGCCGUUUGGAAAAAUUGUAAGUGGCCCCGAAAUUCCUCUGCUAAAUGGAAAACAAAAAUACCAUCAAUUGUUUUAAAUUAAUAUGCAUGUCCCCUUCUAUCAGUAAUAACAUAUCUAGCACAUCACAGAAAGUAGUCAAGUAUGCAAAGCUACAUAUCUUUUUGUUAUUGUGCAGAAAAUUGAGCAAGUUGCUGUGGAGGAAACCAUAACAAAGAAUACCAUUAUGGCACCUUCAUCAAUUCUUUCUGAACCUGCUAGCUCUCAGUUGGACCAGACAAUUACUUUCCAAAGUAAAUCACAUCCAC